GGGGACUAACAGGAAGUCUGCGGCCCUGGGGAGAAAUGCCGACUGAAGGAGAGGAGACGUAUGGCGAGAUAAACAAGCUCUCACACACGACGGAGGAUCUCCCUACAGUGCGCAACCACACCAGCUCUCUCUCUUUUCCCCUCCCUCUCUCUCUCUCUCGUGUGUUGUUUCGUCUCACUCCGUCUUUCUCUCAACUCGCCUGCCGCUGCGCUCUGACAGAUGAGGGAGACACCGCCAAGGAGGAAACUCGGGGGCGUGAAGAGUGCUUUUGGUUCCUCAUCCGGCCGCCUUUUCCCUCACGAGCAGCUCGUCAAGUUGGCCCGCAACGCCGCUGAGGAGGAAGAUGAGGAGGAUCCGCGUGUGAGGGGAAGAGGAGCAACAGGGCAGGCGACGAGCUGAGAACUCAGCCCCCGGUUCUUCAUGCUCAAGCAAGGGGUCCUGACCUCCAGCAGCAACAGCAGAGGCAUCCUCAUCAUCAUCAUCGAGCAUGUGAGAGGAGCUCUCAGCAUGCACAGGAUGACCAGGUCCAGCUCAAGCUGAACCUCUACCUCGGUCCCAGCCGAGCUCCCUGCCUCCUGCAGCCUCCCUCCUUUUCCACAUGACCGCAAGAAGAUGACUAUCACCAGUCGGCAGUCCUUGAAUGUCCUGACGGUCAUCUUCCUGCUGCUGUCCACUGCAGCACUUUCAGCUCACUACCGGGUGUGCGAGCCCUACUCCGACCACAAGGGGCGCUACCACUUUGGCUUCCACUGCCCCCGACUGUCGGACAACAAGACGUACAUGUUCUGCUGCCACCACAACAACACGGCCUUCAAGUACUGCUGCAACGACACCGAGUUCCAGAUGCUCAUGCAGAUCAACCUCACGACCACCGCCGAUGGCUAUUCGCACAAUAAUUACACGGCGCUGGUGGGAGUGUGGAUCUACGGCUUCUUCGUCAUGGUGCUGCUGGCUCUGGACUUCCUCUACUACUCGGCCAUCAAUUAUGAGCUUUGCCGGGUCUACCUGGAGAAAUGGGGCCUGGGCGGCCGCUGGCUGAAGAAAGCCCGCAGUCAGUGGCAACGCUCCAUGGAGGACGAGGGCCAGGCUCAGGCUCCGCCCACGGUGCCCGGCCUCUACCAGCCUCGACACAGCCUCCGAGGGGAGAGCCACAGUCCCACGCUGCUGCCCCAGAACACGUCCAGCGCAUGAGCUAUGCGGCCGGCAGACAAGUUGCACGCCGUAUUCCCAGAGGCCAGAGGAGAAACCCCCCAAACCUACAGACACUGCACCCACACUUAGAUAGCCAGCCAUCCAGGACGUCUUUGGCAGGGAUGCCCCCCCCCCCCACCCCCCACAUCUGAUGAGCACAAGCCAGCUGUGGAAUGACAUCUCUGGCAUUUAAUAAGCCAGCUGAGCGACCAGGACCAGUCGCGUCGCGUCGCCGCAGCUGACCCGAGCCAAGCUGACCGCUCGGGAUAAGUGAGGCUCGAAUGUCUGUCGGCAAGCCGAGUGCGGUCGGAAACUGGAUGACGUGGUCGGACCGGAUAUGAAACGAUUAUUCGACUGCAGUGUCGUUUUGUGUUGCGUAGCAGUUAGGCACCGUUCGGUAUUUUAUUUAUGUGGUGGUCACACAACACGGAGCGCUGAAUCUUUUGGGGGCGACGUGUGAUUCCUUAGGUGGAUGCUGAGCAUCUCACGUAGACUCCGCCGUUUUCGUUUCCCGAAGCCGCCACGACGGCGGUAAUAUGUGGCGCGGCAACGAGUGUUGACAAGUGCUUGAUACUGUAAUGCAGGGGUGGCAAACUGAUUGUUGUCGCGGACCACAGUGGAGAGUCGUUAUGGCAUUCAAACCAUAUGAGGAGAAUAAUGGUUUAUUCAACGAUUGUUGAAGUGACUGUCAUGAGGGCUUUGGUCACAAGAAAAUGCUUACAAUAUACAGUGGUACCUCUACUUAUAAAAUGAACAUGUUCUGGAAGAAAUUUCUACACUAGAACAUUUUGUUAGUAGAGACGCGUUUUCCAUGUAAAUGCCCUAAUCAACAGGUCACACAUCUGAUUCAAAUGAUCAGAUCAUCAGCAAGCGCUACAGAAGGCUGCCGUUGAACCUGUUCAUUGGAAUCAGGUGUGUUGCAACAAGGGAGACUUGGAAAACAUGCAGGGCAGCGGCCCUCCAGGACCUGAGUUUGACACAUAUGCCCUAAUCCGUUCCGAGCUCCCACAAAAUGUAAACAUAAAUGUUUUCUAAAGCAUAAAAAUGCAUCAAAAUAUGGAACAAAUACAUGUUACAAUUAGAUUCCGAGGGGGCGAAUGACGAGGACGCUGCAUAGACACAUAUCUAUUUAUCGAUAUACACACAUACGGUAGAGGUCCCUCUUAGCCAAUGGGAGGCCAGGAUGAUGCUCGGUACUAGCCAAUGGCAGAGCAGCUAAAAUUAUGUUGCCUUCAGGAAACUUGGAGCUACGACUAGCCCAUACUAUAGUUUUACCUAUCGUAUGUUGAAAUAUCUUUCGUAACAAGAGGGAAUAUUUCCAUGUUGAGGCGUUUCAUAACUUCAAGAUUUCAUAUGAAGAGACGUUCAUAAGGAGAGGUACCACUGUGUGUUAUUUAUUACGUAUGAUAAUUUGAAUUUGCCGAGAGAGAUGCGCCGCUUUUCCUGCUGUAGCUCUAAAAAUAUAAAUAGAUUUUUUUUUCCGACGUGUUAUCGGUGUUUGUUAUUGUUUUCAGGGAGGGUUGGGGAACAUAACAGUGAGAGCGAUUGGUGUCAAAACAAGUAAAACCUCAGUGUAACUCUUAUUAAGAAAAUAACAAAACAAAAAAACAUGUUCAUCAAAACUGAUGCCAAUCAACAUGAGUUCCACCACAGUCCUGAAGCGCAUUUUUUGAGAAGUGAUCACAAGCGAAUCAUCAGUGAGGAUCAGGGAGCCCGAGCAACCCAUUCGAGCAGAGUUGCGACGGCAACUUCCAUCAACAACCGCGCCUUGAGCAAUACAAUGUACCUCAUCUCAUCAAGGGGGUUCAUCAAUUUGUAACCGCAGUCGUCCGAUUGAACAUCAAAACUUAAUUGUCAGCAAUAAUGUACAGUAAAGUGAAGGGUGGCAAGGGGUCACGGCAAACAAAGUGCCACACAUACACGCACGCGCAAAAUCCGCCUGUUCUGAAAAUGACAAAUUAGGAGGAUUUUGUGUCCCCCCUCCCAACCCCCAAAUAGUCUUGCAAUCCUAAUCCUUGUUUCUAGGAUAUUCAUGAUAACGCGGACUUUUUUUUUUCAAUUGAUGGAUGUUGAGAAAAUAAUUUCUCUCAAAGCAAAAUGCAGAAAAAUAAUCGGAAGGUGUUGGAUAAAAAUGUAACAUUUUGUGCAUUAUGUCCAUAAGAAAACAAUAAUAAUUCUAUUUUUUUUAUUUCUAAAUGAUCAAAGUUAACACUUUGUAUGUUGAUCUUGAAGUAGGAAUGAAAGAAAAAUCAAAAAUUGAUCUUCGCUGUUUCUGAGAUUAAAAACGUGCAAGAUAAAAUCAUAAACUUAAAUUUGAAUACCUUCAUUAUUUCAGCAUAAAAUACAAAAUGCUUACAAAUUUAGAAUGUCAUGCUUCAUUCUUGGUUAAAAAAAAAAUACUCCAAAUAGUGGCAAAGUAGUUUGGGUUUUUUUGCACAGGGGUUCCCCCUACUGUUGGGAGGUGGAAUCCAACGCCGAAGAAAACGAAAGAAGCCGAAUUGCAUUCAAAGUUUGUUGAACGUUUGCGCUCAAGCCCGAGUGAACGCCGUUCGUCAAAAAGCAUUUUGGAAUGUCUUCAGAAAAAAAACCCCCACACAACAAAGUCAACAAACCACUUAACCUCUAUUCAACCAUUUCCCAAAAGACUGAAAAUUACUUCACACAAAGGUGAUCAGAAUUUGAUGUUUUGACAGUUCGUCAAAAAUGACUUGGGCAUUUAUUGUGUCUUUGAUUUGCGCUCAACAACAACAAUAACCCUCCACUGUUCCUAAAGUAGGUCACGCCAUGUCACCAUGGCAACAGUGGAGAUGGCGUUCUCCCAGUGACACUAAGGGGG